CGCCGCGUCGGCCGCACGCGACAUGCGCCCCCUCUAGCGGACUAUGUUCCUACCCGAGCUGCCGCGAGCCUGCAUGGUGGACGACGUAGCGACCUACUUGCAAGCGCCCUCCUCGGGACAGGACGAGUUCCAUCCGUUCAUAGAGGCCCUAAUGCCUUUCGUUAAAUCGUUUUCGUACACGUGGUUCAAUUUACAAGCGGCGAAACGGAAAUAUUACAAAAAACACGAGAAACGGAUGAGUCUUGAGGAGGAGCGGCAUACUAAAUAUGAAUUACAGAAUGAAAAAGCAGAAGUCAAACAAAAAUGGGCAUCCCGGUUACUGGGCAAGCUCCGGAAGGACAUCACCCAGGACUGCAGAGAGGACUUCGUGCUCAGCAUCACGGGCAAGAGGCCGGCGGUCUGUGUCCUCUCCAACCCGGACCAGAAGGGCAAGAUGCGGAGGAUAGACUGCUUGAGGCAGGCCGAUAAGGUGUGGAGACUAGAUCUGGUCAUGGUGAUACUCUUCAAAGCCAUACCCUUGGAGAGCACGGACGGAGAGCGACUAGAGAAGCACCCUGAGUGUACGCAGCCAGGUCUCUGCGUGAACCCGUACCACAUCAACGUCUCUGUCCGCGAGCUGGACCUCUACCUCGCAAACUUCAUCAACAGCUAUGGUAAUGGGAGCGACGGUCUUCCAGAUAUCCUAAGUGGGUCCAUCUCUCCUCAUCCACCUAGAGACAAAGAGAACGAACACGAGGCUAAGAACAAAGGUUAUAGUCACAAUCCAUACAAUGGUGUUAUUUGCAACGACAUAAUACUAGCGACGGGUGUCUUCUCUUCUAAGGAACUAUGGAAGUUGUCUAAAGAAUACCCUCUUUCUUCGUCUCCAGCGUCAAUCCUGCAAGAGACCGGUUCUGAAUCACCUGGUGGUUCCGGUGGUGGUAUCAAGUUGGAAUCGGGAUAUUACUGCGGGUACAAUAGUCCAGCACCACCCACCUUCGAUCCUCCGGCGGAGAGGUCCACUCCGUCGACCAUGCUUGUCGGGCAGUGCUUUAGUAUCCCCCACAGCUCAGCGGGUCUGAGUUCAGCCCAGUCGCCGCUGGUGCCGUCCAACACGAUAUUCUACCAGCCGCCGCCCGCGGACACGCACCCCAAUACAUCAGAAGCCUUAACGAGUCAUCAUUCGAGCGCGAAGUACGAGGCGCCGCAGGACUCUCUCGGGGACUUCGUGACCUUCGUCUGCCAGGAGCCCACAGAUGUUGCUCAAUUACAGGUUCAUAGCUUGUCGAGGAGUCCUAAGCCGGCGUACUUCAGCAGCUCGAUGCUACCCCCACCCCCCCUACCCCCGAUGGCGAGACCAGUAGCUAUCAUUAGAUCGACAGCGAGCGAGCUGUCCCCCUCGCCCCCCGCGGUGGGGUCGCCGCCGCCCUCCCCCCGCCGCCGCUCGCCGCUCGCCUACCGCACCGAAUGCCACCCGCCGAUGUCCCACUUCAACCACUACCACACGCAGUCGCAGCAGGUGUUUACGUCGUAUGGCACGGGGCUGGGCUCGCUGAGCGGGACGGGGGGUGGGGGCGGCGCGGGGGGCACGUCCCCUCCCGGCGGCCUGGGUCUGUACGCGCCGCGACCCUCCAACAGGGCUCCACCGAGGUGGAACCCACCGUUCACGACGCUAGAAGAAGAGUUUAACAUAAUGACUGCGCCACCUGGUCCGGACCACGUAGUCCUACUGGAUGAUGAUCGUUUCUUCCAAUCAAACGUGAUAACAUCAGAGGCAACAGCGAUGGACACGUCCGGGGCAGUGGGGGCGGUUGGAGCGGCGGUCGGCGUGGACGGGGUCGACGCCCCCGACAAGGCGGCGCCGGACCUCCGCUCGCCGUGAUCCCGCGCUCCCGGCGCCCGCUGGGUCGACGACCCCAGCGACGGAGCCGCGCGCUGCCACGUGCACCGGGCGGCCGCGUCCUACCCGACACCCGGCCCGCCCGCGACACUCGCGCCUCGCCCGCCGGACGGAGCGCACGUCUCCGUGCUGCGCUGGACGCCGGCUCCGCUCUCACAUUGGCGUCCGGUCACCCAUCGAACUGUCUAAUAUGACGUUUGUGUUCAGUGUUUUGUUCGCGACAGGUUAUGUCGAGUGGAUUGAAACACUUUUGUAGUUACUAUUGCUCUCGCAAGACUCAAUUACCCAAAGUCAAUCAUGUUUAAUUACUAAUUAAUAAUAUUUUGAUCAUUGUUCAAAUAUUAGGAUGUACGUUCAGUCCAUUUGAGGUAAUCGAUGUCUGUGAAUAUAGAUUCAGAUUCAAGAUGUAAUUAGUGUUAAUAGGAAAAAAUAUUAUUAAAGGAAGUGGUCGUAGUUGGAAUUUAGGAUUUACAAUUUUUUUGCGCAAUGUCGGCUGUCUCCGGAGCUAGCAAUGAUAACAUGAUGAUACAUUGAUUAGAAAUUUAUAAAAUUGACCACCUAAUGUCAAAACGGAGCGAUACCGCGUGCACUCGGAGAGUUUCACGAAAUAGACAGUCGGCAUGCUUUUGAUUUCAUAAAUUUACUAAAAUAUAUGUAACAAGAUACAAUUCUCCAACGAUUAUAUAAAAAGUAAUUAAAAAUGAAAUUAUAAUAUAAAACAAUGAAAUUAUAUUCUAAUACUUUUAUAGAAUACAAAAACAAGUAUGAUAUGAUCAAAGCCUUCCAGUAAAUUUAGUGAAAUUAUAAAAUUUAAAGGAGUGCAGCUUGUAUAAGAUUCCUUUGCUGAGCUGUCAGACAGUGAGGACGGCCCCCGAGCUAGCCGCGCCGCUUGGGGGGCGAGUCGUGCCACUCGGGGGGCGAGUCGCGUCGCUCGGGGGGCCAGUCGUGCCGCUCGGGAGGCGAGUUGCGUCGCUCGGAAGGCGAGUCGCCACUCGGUGGGCGAGUUGCAUCCGCUCGGGGGUCGCGCGUGUGAUAUUAUAAGGUGUUCUGUUUCGUUGUUGUGUGUUGUAUUUUAGAUUUAGUAUUGACAUUGAAAAAGUGGUUUUUUGUAACUUAUUGAAUAUUUAAGAAAGACGAGCCUUGCUUAAGGAACUAGUUUAGUUGUGUAGCCGAAAGUUUAGUUUUUAGUGAGGCUUGCGGUUCGGAUGCCAUUUUCGGUGCCAUUUAAGAAGCUUUCGCUUGGUGUUUCGAUCUCAGAAUGAUUUUAGCGAAGCUAUAAAGCUGACGUCCGGAUCGUAAGCUCCAAUACGUAGUUCGGACAUCGAGAAUGAUAUAUAGGUGCCUUUCAUACAAUUAAUAAAGAUAAUAAUGUAAGUACAUAAUUGUAAAAUUUUGUAGUUUUUUUAUCAUCAGCUCAUUUUAUUUAAAUCCAUU